AUUGGACUGACCAAAGGAACUUUUAAACAAAGAUUUAACCAGCACAAGGUUACAUUCCGACACAGAAAAUACACUAACAGCACUGAACUAUCCAAAUACAUCUGGCAGCUGAAGGACAACUCUGUAAACUUCAACAUAAAAUGGUCCAUUAUUGCAAGAGCUAGGCCCUACAACAACACGACGAAAAGAUGCGACCUUUGCCUGACCGAAAAGCUCAUGAUUAUUAAGUUCAACAGCAACAACUUGCUGAAAAAAAGAUCCGAACUUAUAUCCAAAUGCAGUCACGAAAACAAGUUUUAUCUAAAGAACAUCUGA